UAUAUAACUGCCCCGUUAUCUUCAUGAGCACGUCAUCAUGAAUACACCAUGAAAGGCACCUGAAGGGGCCCUUACAUCCUCAAAAACCAUCUGUCGUGAUGAAUCAGUAAUGACCAGCUUGCAGAGCAGAGAAGAAUACAGUGAUGAUAACUAUUCUGAGUCUAGUGAAGACAUCCUAGAAGCAAGUCAAAGACGCCUGAACCUAGAAGAACUGAAGAAUUGGGGGCUGAAGAACAUCAUUAAGAUGAGCACACCCACCAUGAAGAAGGUGCCAAACUCACCUGCAAAUUUGCCACUGAGGUUUGGCAGGAAUCUACAGGAAGAAAGAAGCAUCAAGCCUGCAGCAAACCUGCCUCUCAGGUUUGGAAGGGCAUAUGCAGGAAGCCUUUCUAGGCAUAUCCUUCCUUUCUCACACAGGUUUGAGAGAGCCCCAUUGGUUCAAAGUUCCUUCCAUUCUCUUGCCAACUUGCCGCAAAGAUUUGGGAGAUCGCAUCUCUUCAGUCUACCUCAAGUGACAGAAGUUCCUGAAUUUGGCCAUUUAAACAAUAAUAUGAGAAGGGAAUCUGAUGGUGAAGAGGCAAGCCUUUGGAAGACUUUGGGUGAAUUUCUGUUCUAAAAGCUGGUGCAAAGAGGGGGGGGAAGAAGAAUUUUUGUUUUUUAAAUCCCUGUCUUCAACUUAUGAUCUCCUUCACAUAAAAUUUUCCUCACAUGAGCAUUUAUAGGGUUGCAAUGGUAACGAUUGUACUGGUUUGUUUCCAUAGCUGUGCUGCAGAUUCUAAUCUCUCCUGCAUUCUGUACGGUUGUGUCAAUUGUAAAUAACUUAUAGAAUUGUAUGUAACAGGGGGAAAAGUGUAAGAAAAAUAA